UAAUGCAGUUACACCUCCGAGCCGUGGUCGGCGGUGUCAUCGAGCUGGUCCUCCAUUUUAUUCCGCGUUUCUAUCAGACGAAGACGUCCCUCUGCAUCAUUUCAGUUUCGGUUGAAUCAUUCUUGCACAACAACAAGGAAGAGGUAGUCUUCUUCGUAAGCGGCGGCAGACGUUUCUGGUACUAUGUGGCUGACCGGACUAUGACAGCCCCCCCGACGUGACGCCAUGCCUCUGCUCAUCAAGAACAGAGAGUUCGACCGACCCAGCACCACGGGGGAGCUGUUCGACAGAUGCCCCCACCUGCAGGAGAAUGCUAAAGCGUUUUGUUCCAAACCACUUGUUGACGUGGACGUCAAGUGCCUCUUGUAUGUCCAGCAGAGAGAGUAUGCAGCCACAGUACCGUCUGAUCAUGCUGUCUCUGUCCUCGGAUCUGAUGACGCCACCACCUGCCACUUAGUGGUGGUGCGACACACAGGCAGCGGAGCCGUUUGCCUCGCUCAUUGUGACGGCUCUAGCACCUGGAGCGAAGUCCCCCUUAUUGUGCGAGCUGUCACGUCCCUCUCCCACCGUAGCAAGGAGGGCAGACUGGAGCUCCACCUGGUGGGGGGGUUCAACGACGAGUCAAAGACCUCCCAGAAGCUCAGCCUUAGCCUACUGGCCACGUUCCACAAGCAGAAAGAGGUCAUUCAUCUAGAGACAUGCUGCAUUACAGAGAUGAACGACGUGAUGGUGGAAGGAACCCAUCGCCCCGUGGUCUAUGGAAUAGGGGUGAACGUGAACACGGGGGAGCUGUUCCCCGCCUCCUUCCCUCAGAAAGGUCCCGCGGAGGAGCUGCGGUCCGCUCGGACCUUCACCGGAGGACAGAUGGUUGACAUCUACGACUCGAGUCGCGGCCUGGUGAAGAUCGGUCCGUGUAAGUGGUCCGGAGAUCUGGACAUCGACUUCUGGAUGUCCCAGAGCGACGACACCAUCCUGAAGUUCCUGUCCACCUCGCCCACGGCGGAGCCGCCCCACUUUGUGCAGCACAUGAAGUCCACCAUCGCCUUCCUCCUGCGCCACCCCAGCUCUGACGCCCUGUUCCCGGGCGGACAGCCGCAGCGCUACAGCCGCACGGCGCAGGGGGCCUGGGCCCAGUGCCCCCCCGAGUGACGCCCCGACACCGACCCACAAACCCCUUCUGCUGGAGAACCCCGUCUCGGGAUCAGGACAGUGUUGCCUCUUCGCUCUCUGAAGACACUGUGACCUCUGACCUCUGACCCCCCCCCCUGAAUGCCAUGUCUCAGUCUUUUGUGUUUCUUUGUUUUUAUAAAUAUUGCUCUUGCUGUUGGAGCGGAACUCAAUGAAAGACUUGGUACGUACGUGUCGGUACGUACGUGUCGGUACGUACGUGUCGGUACGUGCGUUGUUUCGGUGCGACUAAUAUGGAGUUUUAAGGUCUCACUGGCCGGCUCCAGUGCAGAGAGUUAAAAUGACAAAAGCCUAAUGUCUGCAGUCCCGAUGCCAUCGCAAUAAAAGUCUUACUGUACCUGUUCA